UUAGCCGGCAAGAAUGCGCGACAUAGGCGUGUGCCCGUCGCGCUGGGAAUUUCGAGGCAAGUUUUCAUUAAUCACUCGUUGCAACGAGUCGGCAGUGCUUCUGCCGCCGCUGUGGACGGUGCACGAGGUCGCGGCGGUUCGUCAGGCGCAGCUCGGCUGGCGCGCAAUGCCGAGCGGCUCGAAUGGCGUCGCCACGGGCGGAAGUCCGCGCCUGGAUCGCGCGGUGGCUUCGGGUGUUCCAACGGAGCGUCAGCGCGCUUCCCGCGAGAGCUGCCGUUGAGUACGCGAUCGCUCGGCGCUCGCCAACGCGGAGGCCGAAGCCGGGCGGCGCGCCAUGAAUCGAGUGAAGAAGUGCACGGAGAGGCUGAGAGGCGACGAGGCUCUGUGCUUGAGGUCGCUGGUCUGCUACUUCAGGCUGUUCGGACUGGCGCCCGUGAGCUUGAGCGUCCACGAGGACAGCGGCGCCUCGAGGGGGGAGAGACGACGACGACGACGACGACGAUGGACGCUCGCGCAAUCGCGGCCGAGCACCGCGUACGGCUGCUUCGUGAUCGCUCUGCUGGCGACGUGGAACUGCUUCGCGUUUCUCAGCUACAUGAGCAAGGUGUACGUGCACGACGCCGUCAUCAACACCUCCGCGAAUAUCUUCGAAAUUUUGUGCAGCCUGUGCGUCCUCGGCGUCUAUCACGCGCGCAAAAGUCGCGCGAUCGCGGUGUUCAAUAGGUUCAACGAGGUCACGGACUUGAUCUGCUACGAGGAUCACGCGUACUCGGCGUCCAAGACCGUGAUGCUCGUGUUCGCCGUCAACGCGCUGAUCAUCGUCGGCAUAGCCGCCACGCUGUUCUUCUACGAGUCCGUCAAUUCCGUGAUAUACGCCGGCACGCUGCUGUGUCACCUGGUGUUGAACGCGACGAUGCUGCAGUAUUUCGUGGUUCUGAGGUUGAUCGAGCACCUGUUCGCCAUGAUAAACGGCAAUCUGGCGGCGAUCGCCGCGGAUUGCAGCGCGCUCUGGGAACCCAUUACCGUCGUCGAAACCAACAUGAGGUUGAUCGGAUUAUGGAAGGCACACACGAAAUUGAGCUCCCUGUCGCGGGACGUUUCGAAUAUGUACUCUCUUCCCGCGCUACUGUUCACCUCGACCGAGUUCUUGUCUAUAACCGUAUUCGCCUAUUUCAUAGCAAAGCCAUUUUUCAUUGGCGGCUCGUACAUUUCGUGCGUCGAUUACGUUAAUUGGAUUUUGUUCACGCUGAUCAAUCUGUUGCUUUUCGUGCACCUGACCGUAUCUGUGACCGCGGCUGUUAACGAGAGCAAAAAUACUCAUAUGAUUAUCAAUGACCUGCUGCAGAAACCGCAGAUGCAAAUGGUCAAGGACAAGCUUAACCAAUUUUCUAUCUACCUGCUGCAGGACAACGUCAACUUCACGGUCUACAAUCUUUUCUCUCUGGACAGCUCUUUGCUCGUGAAGAUUGCAGGCUCAAUCACCACGUAUAUGGUAAUACUUUUGCAGUUUAAAAGCCGAAUGUGUUCGCAUUGAAACUUGAUCAGUGAAUCGUCGACCUACAAUUACGAG